CAGCAGUGACGUUGUGGUGCAGGUCUGAGUGUUGCACAGGCCCAGUGCUGCAGGUUGUCCGGUAGGGUGCCUGCAGAGCCACAAGCAUGCUGUUGAUGUCAGGAGCAGAGGAGGGGAACGUGAGGAAUGGCUGAAAACUGUCGGUGAUCUCCUGUUAGGAAACAAACCCGGUGUGUUUAGCUGAGCAUUUCCCCGCGACCAGAUCAGCCUGUUAGCGACGCAUUAGCAGGCACUGCUGGUUUGGGCUUUAUUUCUUUUGUUGAUUAUUUAAUGGGACAGCGAAAACGCAAAAAACGCAAGGUAGGCUACCGCUCUUGUCGCCACCAGCUCUGCUACUUUAUUUUCAUGGACUAAUACGACACACGGGGGGUUGAGAAAUGUUUCACUGCAAGGUACAACACUCGUCUUCGGAGACAAUGUUUGGUUGUUAACGCUAGCUAAAACCCUAACGUGGAUAUUUGUUGUUUUGGCUUGUGAAUGUAUGAAGUGCUCGGACGUUUUAUUUUGUUUUGUGUGAAAAGCGUCGGUUAGCCUUCAUCUCUUCAUGCCUCAACCGACCAACCACAUGAGAAGUCGACGUCCGGAAUAGAUUAAACCACAAAGAAAGGCCUCCUUUUUAUCGCUUUCACCUGAAACGACGAGGAGAAAAUGCGUGUGGACUUGUUUUGGAUAUGUUUGUGGUGUUUCCUUCGCCCUGGUGCCACCGGUCAAGGAGAGUCGACGGCCGUGUGCUCGCCCUCAUGCAGCUGCGAUGAAGAUGGGGGUGCAGACUGCUCCGGGAGGGGGCUGACCACCGUCCCGACCGGGCUCAAUACUUUCACCUACUACCUUGACCUGAGCAUGAACAACAUCACCGAGCUUCCAGCAUUUGUGUUCAAGAACCUCCCCUAUCUGGAAGAACUACGACUUGCCGGGAAUGACCUGUCAUUCAUCCACCCUGAUGCCCUGUCUGGACUGCAUCAGCUCAAAGUCCUGAUGCUCCAGAAUAAUCAGCUGAAGACUGUGCCCAGUGCUGCCCUGAAGAACCUUCAAUCUCUUCAGUCUCUUCGCCUGGAUGCCAACCACAUCCUCACAGUACCAGAAGACAGUUUUGAAGGCCUUCAGCAGCUGCGCCACCUUUGGUUGGAUGACAACAACCUGACGGAGGUCCCUGUUGUUUCUCUGAGGCACCAGGAGAACCUCCAGGCUCUGACGCUGGCGCUCAACCGCAUCGCGUACAUACCAGACAACGCCUUCGCCAACCUCACCAGUUUAGUUGUGCUACAUCUUCAUAACAACAGAAUUAAGCAGAUAGGAGACAACUGUUUUGCCGGUCUUGUGAACCUGGAGACGCUAGAUCUUAACUUCAACAACCUGAUGGUUUUUCCCAAAGCUAUAGAGGCCCUGCCCAAACUGAAGGAACUCGGGUUUCACAGCAACGAUAUUGCUGCCAUACCUGAAGGGGCCUUCCAUAACAACCCCCUGCUGCGCACCAUACACCUUUACGACAACCCCCUGUCCUUGGUGGGCGCCUCGGCUUUCCAGAAUCUGUCCGACCUGCACUCCCUGAUGCUGCGCGGGGCCAGCAUGAUGCAGGACUUCCCCAUCCUUACGUCGACUAAUAACCUUGAGAGUCUGACCCUGUCGGGAACCAAGAUAUCUUCCAUCCCUGCUAAUCUUUGCGAGGACCUCAAGCUGCUCCAGACGCUAGACUUGUCCUACAAUGAGAUCAAGGAGCUGCCUUCCCUGCAGAGCUGCAUCCGGCUGCAGGAGAUAAGCUUUCAGCACAACCGCAUUGACCAACUUGACAGGGACACUUUCCAAGGUCUCUCUGCUCUCCGUUUGCUAGACCUGAGCAGAAAUGAUAUCCGAGUCAUCCACAGAGAUGCUUUCCUUUCCCUCGCUGCACUCACCAACCUAGAUCUGAGUAUGAACUCUCUGUCUGUGAUUCCUACCACGGGACUGAGUGCGCUCAGUCAGUUGAAACUCUCAGGAAACCCGGAAAUGAAAAAUGUGCUGAAAGCAAAAAACCUGCCAAAGCUGAGGUCGAUCUCUGUCCCUUAUGCCUACCAGUGCUGUGCAUUCGUCGGAUGUGACUCCAUGACGAGUUCUUCUGAGGAAAAUGACCUAAAGAAAUCAGCAGGCGGGGAGGAUGUGGAAAGAAUGUCAAUGAUUAUGCAUUGCUCUCCUUCUCCAGGAGCCUUCAAGCCUUGUGAGCACCUGCUGGGUAACUGGAUGAUCCGCCUGACGGUGUGGUUCAUCUGCCUGGUGUCGCUGGUGUUCAACAGCCUGGUGCUGGUGGCCACCUUCGCCCCCACCCACCACGCUGCAGGCCACUCCCCCUCCCUCUCCCCCGCCCGGCUGCUGAUGGGGCUGCUGGCCCUGGCCAACCUGCUCACAGGUCUGUACGUCGGCGUGCUGACUGUGCUCGACGUGGCCACCUGGGGCUCGUUUGCUGAGUUCGGGGUAUGGUGGGAGAUGGGGCCCGGCUGUCAGGUCACAGGAGCCAUGGCCGUCUUCUCCUCGGAGUGGGCGGUGCUGUUACUCUCGCUGGCAGCCGUUGAGCGCAGUGUGGCCGUGCGGACGAUUCUCGGGAAGGUGUUGAUGUCACCCAGGAGGGGCGGCAGCCGGCGGGGGUGCUGGAGAGGGGAUCGGCGCUUCAGUCUUGCUGCGGGCCUCCUGGGGCUGCUGGCUGCUGCCGGGGCCUGCCUGCCUCUCCUGACCUCCGGGGACCCCUCCUCCUCUCCUCUCUGCCUGCCCUUCGCCGGCGGAGAGAGUCCAGCUCUGAGUGUCACAGUGGUUCUGGUGCUGCUCAAUGCGCUGGCCUACCUGUUCACUGCAGCGGUGUACACCCAGCUGUACUGCCACCUGGGCCGGGUGGAGCUGGCAGACCCGGAGCAGACGGGCGCCCUGCGACACGUAGCAUGGCUCAUCUUCACCAACUGCAUCUUCUUCUGUCCCGUGGCAGCUUUCUCCUUCGCCCCUCUCUUGACUGGCUCUACAGCCGGCGGUCCAGAGAUCGCCAAGUCCGUCACCCUCAUUUUCUUCCCUCUGCCGGCGUGUCUGAACCCAGUGCUGUACGUGUUCUUCAGCCCGGCCUUCAGGGAGGACUGGCUGAGGCUACGGGGUCGCGGAGGAUCGAGCAGGGAAGUAAAGGCUGGGGCCGAGAGUCACGGAGAUGACGGGGGCGGAGGGUCGGAGAUCACAGACGGCGGCUCCUCCACCCACCUGGACUUUGACUGUGGGGUGUACUCGCAGCUCUGUGGAGAGACAGUUGUGUGCGAGCAGUGCGAGGCGGCGCUGCAUGCCAGGACCUGCUCGUCCCCGUCGUCCUCCACAGUGUGCAGACACUUUAUGAAGUCUCACAGCUGUCCCACCCUGCUGGCGGGAGCUGCAAUGUGCCAGCGCGCUGAGGGGUUUUGGGCAGACAGCGGCACCCCCUCCGCUCAGUCUGAGUACGCAGACGAGGGAGACUCGUUCGUGUCGGACAGCUCUGAGCAGGUUCAGGCGUGCGGCAGAGCGUGUUUCUGUCAGAGCAGAGGCCUCCCUCUGGUACACUACUCAUACAACAUACCUCGAGUCAAGGACUAACACGCUGCAGAGCUCCAGUUUGUCUGUGUGCACAGAUCUCUCCGUCAUGUGAAUUAAGAUGCUUCAACAAUAUAUAAACAUUUUUAUAUCAAGCAAUGAAAUGUGCCAACUACCCUGCUAAAAGACCAUUCAGAGAGCACUUAUGUUUUGAAUUACUGUGUAAACAGAGAUGCAACCAAUCAUUUAAAGGGAACUUGGAGACUUUUUCUAAGUGAGCUGAACGGAGCACAUCAAGUUAAAAAAACUGGUCGACAAAGGAUCUCCAAAGGAAAGUCUUGCCACCAGUGCCUGCCUCGUGCUUUCCAUUGGAUCUCAUAAUGUUGCGAGUCUCAAUGUAUGUGUCAAAGAUGUUUGUGAUUUCUCUGUUCUACGUGUAAUUAUAAGCUUUUUUCAAUUUUAAUUGUAACACAUUUUGUCAAUUUUAAAAGCUUCUCCACAGCAACUGUUGAUUUUAUACCUUGAUUUUCUUUUUUACGUAAAUGUAGCAAAUGUAAUAAUCAUCCUAGAGUUCAGAGUGAAUGUAACUUUCAGGUGGGCUUCACCUGCCAGAUGGGGAUAAUGUAACGUCAGCAAUAACUUGUGCCCUGCCUGUGAUCGUUAUCUGGUAUAAGUUAAUACCAGUCUAUAAUGAACACGUCUUUGAGUUAAGUUACCAAGACUAAGAAUGUCAUAAUUAGCAGAAAUCACUGUUAUAGCGCCCGCUAUGCUUGGUGGUGGUGAAAGGUGUUAUUUAUUGUUUGAGCAGCAGGAGGGUGAAGGUGAUUUCAGGUGGCCUUUGAAUAUAACCCAAGCAUUCACCAAAACAACAGCACUUCUCUUUGUUUAACUCCUCAAAAACACUAACAAGUCCAUUCAUACAGGUUGAGAUCAUUAAAGUCAGUAGUCCGGAGGAUUAUUCCGGUUAUUUUAAAAUCUGGAACUUAUUUUCCGAGUUUUUAUCAUCAUGCUGUUUAACUUGGAUCAAACUUUUUUUUGUUCUUAAGUUGCAGACGCACAUUUUAUAUUUGUCAUUGGACCAAGAGACACAUCAAGCCCAACAAACAUUUUCUUUUGAAUACAGCAACACUGAAAUGAUUCAAUAAGACCUGCUUUAAUCUGAUCUUCAAAUUUCCUUUGGUUGUCAGAACAAUUGUUGACUCAUUGCCUUGUUAAAUACAGUUUAUUUAAUAAGAAAAUGUACUGAUUCGCUCUUUUACUGAGCACAAGAUGAGAAAGUCAUUAUCAUAUAUCUUAAUGCGUAAUAUUAAGUUACAGCCAGCAGCUGUUUUCAUUGAUUUUGCUAAGCUAAGCUAAGCUAACUGGCUACUGGCCUUGGAUCCACACAGGUAUGAGAGUGGUAUCCUUUUUCUUAUGUAACUGUGCAAAGAAUAAUUCCCCCCAAAUGUCAUAAUAGCAAAAGGUCAACUUGUUUUUAUUUACUCUAUUUGUCGAGUAAACUAUUGACUAUUUGUAAAUAAAUGUGUUGACCAAAACUCAAUAAACAGUAAAUUAAAACUUAAAUCAACCGUAUUCACACAGUUAUAACUCAUUUGAAGAGUGAUAGCUAACAUAAACUUCUGGUUGAUUUUUUUAAACAUGUCAUUAAACAUAAUUUGGUUUGGGAGCGACAAGUUAAACACAUGAAUACCGUCCAAGUUAAACACGUGAAUGUAAUCCCACUCUUCUAACAUGAUGUAAGACUGGCAGCUGAGUCAACAACUGCGUGUGUGAGCUGUGGCCAUAUGUACAAAGUGGAUUAUUAAAAGUGCAUUGUGGGUGAGUAUUAUUUAACCACAGGUAAUCAAAGAAACGUAUCUAUAGUCUGGAUUUAUUUUCCAAGUGAUUGGCAACAAUUUGGCCAGAAUAAUUUUGAUUUUUUUUUUAAACGUAUUCAUUGCCUCCGGUGUGUUUCCAAUCCAGUGACAUUAUACAGACUUACUGUUUGUUCAGAUCAGUCGGUAUUAUUGUAGAUGUCAUGAAAAGAGCAUUAUUAUACUGUAAAGGAUAUAACCGUAGAUAUCUUCUGGCCCUGAGAGCUGGCCUGAGUGAGGCUGUGUGUGACGAGGGAUGGACUGAUGUUUGGUGUGCUGGAGCAUGACUGUACACAUUAAAGCUGGAUACACCCAGAGCGUGUUUCCACAAGUGCACGUCAUGUGAGUGCUCAGGAAUUUAGGCAAUGUAGGCAAACGUUUCCUCCAACAAGACAUUCUUGUGUCCUUAUAAUGCACCAUUUCAUUUUUAUCUUCUGAGUUUUAUUUUAUUUUUGUCUCGACCGGGUGUGUCAAUUAUUGCACCAACCAAAAUGUCUUUUGAUUGUUUGAGAUGUCCCAUCUGGUGAAAAUGUACAAAUCUUUUUAGUAGGUUGGUUAUUGUUUUUUUAUUUUCUAUUUCUAUGUAAAUUAUUUGAAAAGAAAAGGCGUAAUCAAGAAUGGGAUGCUAACUAAGGAAGCUACCUCCUCGGCUGUAGUGGCUACCAGCAGUGCUUUGUAAAAGAAAAGUCUUUUUUUUAACUGUUUUAUUUUUGUUUGCAUUUUUAGCUUUAUGUUGACAGGUGGUUGUACAUCAUCAAUUUAGAUAAGUGCACAUUUUGGGAGGAAUCAUGUACUGUAUACUGUGAUUUAUUUUUUUAACCAAACUAUAAACUAUGAAUUGUUUUUGUUUUAUCUUUUAUAGAGACAAAUUUGCAGAAUAAUACAGAUUAUAAUAAAAUGAAUCUCACUUAUUUUCCAUUCAAAUUAAAAUCGUAUCUGUAGUUUUAUCAUGUAAGUCCUACCCAAGUUCAUAGAUGCUGUUCAAGUAGGAAAAGAAUCAUAUCAAUUGUGAAUGAAUAAAAUUGGAAGAACA